UUGUCAUGCUACCCGGGGACGGCGAAGAACCCAGUAGCCAAUCUCAUUCCGGGUUUGGAACUAGGUUUGGUAGAGACUUUAGACCGUCAGUUACAAGAGGGCGAUGGUGUUAUGGUUCCUCAUAAGAGAGUGUCAAAGAUCGACAGCACUCUUCCGCCAUACCUGAUUAUUCACAUGGUGCGUUUCGAGUGGAAAAAAGCCAAUGAUGCUGCCGGUACUAAGGCCUGUCGUGCCAAGGUAUUGAAACGGAUAGAGUAUCCUCAUUUACUCGAUUUGUAUCCCUUUUGUACGGAUUCAUUGAAACAUGUUUUGGAUAAAGGUCGCAUUCAAGAUGAACAACGAAGAGCCAAGGAACUCCAUCAGAGCUCUGAUCAAAGGAUGGAUACCAAACCAGUUGACCAAGCCAAACCAGUCGACCAAGCCAAGCCAGUCGACGAAGCCAAGCCAGUCGAACAAGGAACGAAUGAUGAGGCCUUGGCGGAUGAUCCGAUAAACUACGCUGAUGGUACCUACCAGCUGAAGUCCGUGGUCACCCACAAAGGAAGGACCGUUGAAGAAGGCCACUAUAUCUGCUGGAACUGGAGCCACCAGGACCAGUCCUGGACCAAACUGGACGACGACAAGUCUUCAAAGGUCGCCAAGGACGCCAUCGACCUUCAGGGAGGCCUAGCAGACGGGCAUGUUCCGUACAUCCUUUUGUUUGAAAGAAAAGGGAUCUUUCAGUGA